AGUUUCAAUUUAACUUUCAUUAAAAAUGUCACGAAAUUCAGCAGAUUUUCCUUAUGAGAUUGUCUAUGUUGACGAUGCCACUCAAGCGAAUCUUUAUCGAGAUUUUGAGACUCAACAAAAAAUGAUUUCUGUUGGACCUGACAAGUGGUUCCAAACAGAACGUUAUAAAGAUUUUGCUGCUACAAUUUACAAUUUUGAAGUUCGACCUUCGGAUGUUUGGAUCUCAACAUUCCCACGUUCAGGCACGACUUGGAUAUCUGAAGCAAUUUGGUUGAUUUGCAAUGAUUUUGACUUUGAAAGUGCCAAGAAAAUCAACUUGGAUGAUCGUUUUCGGUUUAUUGAAUUUCAUACAAUUCCACCUGAAGAAGUUAAAGACGGGAUGUAUGAAGAACUUGCUGCUGAAACGAGUAGAAGAUUCAUCAAGACUCAUCUUCCUUUUGAGCUCAUGCCAAGGAAGAUCAAUGAAGUUGGAGCGAAAGUCGUUUAUGUCGCGAGAAAUCCAAAGGACGCUGCUGUGUCUUAUUUUCACUUCCAACAUACGAAAAUUUUUGGUUAUAAAAAAGAUUUUCCAUUAUAUGCUGAUUACUUCAUGAACGAUCUCGUUCUCAGUGCGCCACACUCCAAACAUGUUGUUAGUGGAUGGAAUCGUCGCAAUGAUCCAAACGUUCACUUCAUGUUCUAUGAAGAUAUGAAGAACAAUACGAAAACAACAUUGGAACAACUUGCUGAGUUCUUGGAGAAAUCAAUCAGUGACGAAAAUAUGGAAAAGAUGAUUGAACAUUUGAACAUUGACAACAUCAAAAGCAACCCCGCUGUGAACUUUUCAGCAAGAGAAAAAUCGUUCGUCACACAAAAUGAGGAAAAAAACUGGGAAUUUAUUCGUCGUGGAAAAGUUGGUGGAAAUCCUGAGAUGACAAGGGAGAUUGAAGAAAAAUUUGAUUCUCUCAUUAAGAAAGAUUACGAAAGUUUUGUUCGACCUUCGGAUGUUUGGAUCUCAACAUUCCCACGUUCAGGCACGACAUGGGUGUCAGAAGCAAUUUGGUUGAUUUGUAACGACUUUGAUUAUGAAACUACCAAGAAAAUCAAUUUGGAAGAACGUUUUCCCUUCAUUGAGUUUCAUGUCAUUCCAAAUGAAAAAGCAAUGAAUCAAGCAAAACAAUUUGGAGACCCGGAGAGUUUAAAACCCAGAAAUGUGCCAGUUUUUGAUCAGUUAGCUGCACAUACAACUCGUAGAUUUAUCAAGACUCAUCUUCCUUUUGAGCUUAUGCCAAGAAAGAUUAAAGAAGUUGGAGCGAAAGUCGUUUACGUCGCAAGAAACCCAAAGGACGUUGCUGUGUCUUACUUUCACUUCCAACACUCGCCAAUUUUUGGAUUCAACAAAAGCUUUGAAACAUUUGUUGACUAUUUCAUGAAGGAUGAGGUUCUUUAUGCACCUCAAUGGAAGCAUGUGCAGAGUGGAUGGAAGCAUAAAAGCGAUGGAAAUGUUCAUUUUAUAUUUUACGAAGAUAUGAAGAAUGACAUGAAGAAUUCUUUACGUAAUCUUGGCGCGUUCUUGGGAAAACCAUUAAACAAUGAAAAUUUGGAUAAGUUGAUGGAUCAUCUUAAAAUUGAUAAUGUUAGAAACAAUCCCGCUGUUAACGUAUCAGCGAGAAAGGAUCCAAACAUGCCUGUCCCUGGAAACUUUGAAUUUAUACGUCGUGGACAAGUUGGUGGAAAUCCUGAGAUGACGAAGGAAAUUGAAGAAAAAUUUGAUGUCUUCAUUGAUAAAAAAUUUAAAGGUUUUGGUUUAAAUGUGAAUAACGUAAUGGAAGAAGCGCAAUCAAAUAAAUCCAGUGAAGAAUUUCCAUACAAGUUCACUGAUCUCGAUGAAGAGUUGCACGAAAUUAUAUCACGAGAUUUCGAGACUCAAGCGAAAAUGUUAAUGAUUGGCCCAGAAAGAUGGUUCAACACGAUUCAUUACAAAGAUUUUGCUGCUAAAAUUUACAACUUUGAAGUUCGACCUUCAGACAUUUGGAUCUCAACAUUCCCACGAUCUGGCACGACUUGGGUGUCAGAAGCAAUUUGGUUAAUUUGCAAUAAUUUUGAUUACAAAACAGCUAAAGAACUUUCGUUCGGACAACGUUUUCGAUAUUUAGAACUUCACACAUCAGCAAGUGAUGAAGUGAUGAAAGAAAUUGAAAAAAAUGGAGAUCCAAAUAGUUUGAAUCGCAGACAUGGCCCAAUUUAUGAUUUUCUAGCAUCUCAAACUACACAAAGAUUUAUUAAGAGUCAUCUUCCAUUUGAACUCAUGCCAAAACAACUGAAAGAUGUCGGAGCGAAAGUCGUUUAUGUGGCGAGAAAUCCUAAAGAUGUUGCAGUUUCUUAUUUUCAUUUCCAUAAAAUGCCAAGUUUUGGAUUUUACAAAAAUUUUCCAACAUUUGCUGAAUAUUUAAUGAAAGGCUUAGUCAUGUAUGGACCACAUCCAGAACAUGUUUUGAGUGGAUGGAAACGUCGUCAUGAUCCAAAUGUUCAUUUUGUAUUCUAUGAAGACAUGAAGAAUGACAUUGAAAGUUCAUUAAGAAAACUUGGAACGUUUUUAGAGAUGCCAUUGAGUGAUGAAAAUUUAAAAGAUUUAAUUAAUCAUUUAGAGUUUGAUAAUGUCAAAAAGAACCCAGCGAUUAACAUAACAUCAUCAGAAGAUAUUGCAAAAGGCUGGGAGUUUGUUCGUCGUGGUAAAGUUGGUGGAAAUCCUGAGAUGACUAAAGAAAUGGAAGAAAAAUUUGAUUCAUGGGCUGAUAAGAAGUUUAAAGUUUUAUUCACUGUAAUCUUGAAUCUCAUCAUGAACACUUCGAAGACAUUUCCAUAUGAAUUUGAAGAACUUGACGAUGACAAGCAACGAAUUAUCAACAAAAUAUUUCCUAAUCAACCGAAGAAAUUGAUUCUAGUUGGACCUGAGAAAUGGUUUUUAACAGAAAUUUAUCGUGACUUUGCUAAUAAAAUUUACAACUUUGAAGUGCGAUCUUCAGAUGUGUUCAUUUGCACAAUGCCUCGAUCGGGAACGACAUGGACACAAGAAAUUACUUAUUUGGUUGAUUUAAAACAUAUCGUAACAUCAAUGAAAACAGAAGUUGAAGAUUCUGAAGACAUCUACGAACUGCUAGAAAAUCAAACAACUCGAAGAUUCAUCAAAACUCAUUUACCAAUUGAAUUUAUGCCACGAAAAAUUAAAGAAGUUGGCGCGAAAGUUGUUUAUGUUGCAAGAAAUCCGAAAGACGUUGCAGUUUCUUAUUAUCACUUUCUUGGUGUUGAUUCAGAUUUUCGUACAUUUGCUGAAUAUUUCAAGAAUGAUUCAGUUAUUUACACUCCAUAUUGGAAGCACAUUCUAGGCGGUUGGAAUCAUCGAAACGAUGCCAAUGUUCACUUUCUCUUUUAUAAAGAUUUGAAAGACAAUUUCCAAAGUUCUUUGAAAAAUUUGGCGUCAUUUUUAAACAAAACUCUAAGUGAAGAAGAACUUUUAAGUUUGGAACAACACACUUCGUUUGACAACAUGAAGAAAAAUCCUGCAAUUAACUUUCAAAUGAAUCAGGAAACCUCACCUAACAAGGCAUUUCUUCGAAGGGGGAAUGUUGGUGGAAAUCCCGAAGUAACUGAAGAAAUCGAUGACAUGUUUGAAGAAUGGACAACAAAGAAUCUUAGGGGAUCAGAUUUGAAAUUUUUAUUUCAAAAU